AUGUCUAGCAUCGGCCCUGUCCUUGUUACCGGCGGCAAUGGCUUCAUAGCCUACCACAUCAUCGCCAAAAUCCUCGAGGAAGAGCCUGAUUGCAGCAUCCACUCGAUUGAUGUAAAUAUCGACCGCAACCGCCAUCCCAAUCCGAAUGUGCACUACCAUCAUGGCGAUUUGGCCUGCGUCGAGGAUGUGCAGCGCAUCAUGCAGAUUGCCCGCCCGGUUACCAUCUUCCACACUGCAUCGCCCGAGUUCUCCGACGCUCCGGAGUCAGCCUACCAGCGCAUCAUCGUCGACGGCGCACAUCACCUCCUGAAUGCUGCACUGAAGGUGAAUACCGUGCAAGCCCUUGUCAACACAUCUACCCCGGGCGUCAUCAAUGAUAACCACACUGAUCUCAUUGAUGCCACAGAGGAGAUGCCCAUGUUGCGACCCCCACAGCAGAAGCGGGUCUACUGCAUCGCUAAAGCAGAUGCAGAAGACGCUAUCCAGGCUGCCAACCGCAACGGCGGCCAGGACGAUCGAGGCAUCCUCACCUGCGCAAUCCGACCCGGUCUUGUAUUCGGCGAGCGCGACGUCGGCUCCUUAGGUAAAAUGUUCGCCGUCGCUCGCCAAGGCAAGACCCGGUUCCAGAUUGGCAAUGGGCAGAACCCGUACGAUUUCAUCUACGUGGGAAACCUAGCAGAUGCACAUCUCCUAGCCGCUCAUGCCCUUCUCAAUGCCUGGGGCAAGCCUCCCCCGGCAGACGCAUCGACCCGUGUUGAUGGGGAAUGCUUCCAUCUCAACAAUGAAGACCCUUGGCUCUUUUGGGACUUCCAGCGGGCGGUUUCCGCGCUGGCGGGCAACCCAAUCCGGCCUGAGGACAUUGUGGUUAUCCCGAAGUGGGUCGGACUGACGCUCGGGUUCGUGAACGAGUGGGUUGCGUGGAUAAUUUCCGGCGGCACUAGACCUGCCAAUAUGACUCGUGAGGGUAUUCGCUUUAGUACCCUGAUCCGCACGCUGAAUGGAAACAAGGCCAAACGGGUGCUUGGGUAUCGUCCCAAGGUAGGCAUGCAGGAAGGUCUUGAGCGAAGUGUGCGGUGGUUCAUGGAGAAUGCUGAGAGGGAGGCCUAG